CACACACAUAAUUCAUUAAAUGUUUAAACUCAUAUCCUUGUGUGGCGUGGUCCUUGCUGGUGAACAUAAAGCGAGCCACCCUGUGAGUUAUGUUAGUCCAUAACCUGGUGGCCUCCUGUUGCUGAGCGUCAGCAGCGUUCUCUGGUAUUUAAGCGCCCGAGGGGCCAGCUGGACUUCUUCAUAAAGCUGCUGAAGCAUGUUGGGACAUUUUUGGAGCUUUUGGUGACCUGGUGGGUCCUGAGCGGUAAUUAUCUGUUUACACUUCUUCUCUGUUUUGGCUUCUUCAAACAAGACGUUUGUUUGGUUCUUGUGCUCCACUGCAGCACCAAGUCUCCAAACUGAGCUGAGGUGGAGGACACAGGAGGAAGCUGAGAGACGCCAACAUGGUCCCACUGAGGCUCGUUGCGUUUGGAUUGCUGGCUGCAGCUUGGUAUUUCACUCGUGCUGCUGAGGGCGAGGUCAUCUAUGCGUGUCAUAAUGAAACAGCUGAGAUGUCGUGUGACGUCGGCAGUAAGAUAAAACUGGAACACAUCCUGUACAAGGUCGGGGUGGGGACGAGGUGUGGGGAGGGGAAACGCCACCCAGACGAAGGACCCUGCACCUUCCCCUGGGCGGAGAUGGUGGUGGAGGACCUCUGUGGGAACAGACGCUCCUGUAAGGUCCCCGUCACUGAGUGGGUGUUUGGAGAAUAUCCCUGCAAAGAGGAGACCAGGUACCUGGAGGUCUCCUACACGUGUGCCACACCACCUCCUCCCCCUCCUCCUCCACCACCUCCAACCAAACCUGACUGUGAAGAAAAACCAGCCGAUGAGGCGUGAGGAUCUUAAACUCUGAGUUCAUCACAUUGAAACAGAACAUGAAGAAGAUGCUUCAUCACCAGUUAUUGUUUAUGUUAGACCUUAAAGUUUCAUCCAGUGUUAGAGGAGUCAGACGUGUCUGAAGUCACAUAUCUGUACAUGAAAAUAUAUCAGAGCAUGUUUACUUCAACUGAAGAGUUCAGACUUUGUUCUUUUUAUGAAAUCAGUGUUCAUUUCUUUACAUCUACAGUUGAAGAUACUUCCCCUCGAGCUUUAUCAGCAUGUUAGGUUUGUUGUCAUGUGAAUAAAACCUGUUAAAAUCUGCA